AUGGCUGUUGAAAUAGUUGACGAUAAGUCCGAGCACUGCAUACCGUUUAUCCUCGAUAAGAUUAAGGCACAUUGUGACUAUUACAAGAAAGAAGGCACUGAUGCUCCGCCAUUUUUCAUCGGUCUGAACGGAAUACAAGGUGCUGGCAAGACCACUCUGGUCUCAGCCCUCUAUCAGACCCUGACUUCGCCUCCUCAUAAUCUCCCCACCGUAAUCCUCUCAAUUGAUGAUCUCUACCUUUCUCACUCAGACCAAAAAGCGCUCGCGAAGUCACAGCCUAGGAACCCACUAAUUCAACACCGCGGUCAACCCUCGACUCAUGACAUACCACUCGGCAAAGAGGUUUUCGCCCAACUCGCAGCCCGCAAACCAAACAUCCGCAUUCCUUCCUACGAUAAAUCCCUCCACCAUGGCCAAGGAGAUCGCACAGAUCCUGGGACUUGGGAAGUGGUCAACAAGGACGGCGAACCGCCAGUCGAGGUAGUGAUCUUUGAGGGCUGGUGUGUGGGCUUUAGGAGUCUAAGCGACAAGGAGUUGGUGGCUAAAUGGGAGGAUGCAAAGGCAGCGAGGAUUUUUGAUAAGGAAGCCUAUCACGGAAGGCUUGCUUCCAUGGAAUUGGAGCAUGUGUCAUUUGUCAAUGAAGCAUUGAGACAGUAUGAUGCUUUGACUGACUACUUCGGUGCCUUGAUCUUUAUUGAUGCUGCUGAUACGCUUUUCGUUUACGAAUGGCGCUUGCAGCAAGAGCGUGCCUUGCGAGAGGCAAAGGGCACUGGUAUGAAAGACAAGCAGGUGAUUGAGUUUGUCAAUGGCUAUUAUCCAGCCUACGAGCUCUACACAGAUGUGCUUCGCAAGGGCAUUUUCCAAGAAACUGGCAAACAGCUGCGACUGGUAGUCAACAAGCAGCGCAAAGUUGAGGCAAUUGAGCUACAGUAG